GCGGAUUCCACAGACGGACCUUGGUCCCGGCGCUCCCGCUGCCGGGUGACACGAGCCCAAGCCGCCGCCACUGCCGCCGCCUCGGCAGCCCGUGGCCGCAGCCCUGCCUGCAGCACCAUGGAGUUCUCCGAGAGGAAAAGGAGCAGGAAAUCCCAGAGCUUCAAACUGGUGAGCGGAGAUUAUCACCAUGAGGUAUAUAAGCUCUCAGAAUUCAGCAACGAUGUCAAUGGGGAGGCCAAAGAGACACAACCCAUUUUUUUAGGAGGUGAAAGCAUGGAAAUUAAAAAACAAAUUACAGGAAUGAGAAGAUUACUGAAUGAUAGCGCUGGGAGGAUCUAUCAACGUGUUGGCAAGGAAGGUGAAAAAUUAAAAGAAGAACCCCAGGAUUUAGACGCUAUCUGGCCUCAGCGUCUGAACUCUGCUGAGGCCCCACAGAGCCUCCCCCCUUCUUCCCGGGGUGCGUGGAAUGAGUUCCCAGCCCAGAGCGGGCAGUUCUCAGGGCAGUCUGGCCCCCGCUCUAGAACCUUCCAGAGUCAGCCCCACACUGCUGGGAGCUCCAAUGGAGAACUUCCAGUGGGGAAUUCGUCAGCUGGAUCAAACUGCUGUACUUGUAACUGCCAAUCAACAUUGCAGGCCAUUCUCCAAGAGCUCAAGACAAUGCGGAAAUUAAUGCAAAUUCAAGCAGUUGGAACCCAAAACAGACAACAACCCCCAAUUUCCCUUAUAUGCUCCCAGCGAACUGCUGUCUCGCGCAAGAGAAAUAAAAAGAAAAAAGUGCCCCCUAAGACUGUUGAACCUCUUACUGUGAAACAGAAACCCAGUGUGUUAGAGACCGAGAAGAAGACAGCUGCGGCCUCCGAGCAGUCUGCCCUCCCGGCGGCUGAGCGCCCCUCCGCUGCAGAGAACCGCGUCCUGGGGUUUGGCAUCGUUCUGGAAUCACCUUCCUCAGAUCCAGAAGUGCAACUUGCUGAAGGCUUUGAUGUGUUUAUGCCUAAAUCUCAGCUGGAUUCUAUAUUGUCAAACUACACUCGCUCAGGAAGCCUUCUGUUUAGAAAACUGGUGUGUGCAUUUUUUGAUGACAAGACUUUGGCUAACUCCUUACCCAAUGGGAAGAGGAAAAGAGGACUGAAUGACAACCGGAAAGGACUAGACCAAAAUAUUGUGGGUGCAAUAAAAGUCUUCACAGAAAAGUACUGUACUGCUAAUCAUGUGGAUAAACUUCCUGGCCCGAGAGACUGGGUACAGAUUCUACAGGAUCAAAUUAAGCUGGCCAGAAGAAGGUUAAAAAGAGGCUCAGCAGAGGUAGCUGACGGUGAUGAAAGACUGGACGGCAUCUCUCUACCACCAACAGGUAAAAAAGCCUGAGGCCCAGAAACACUAAAUGACUUUCUGAAGGUCUCACAGCUGGUGGGUGGCCUGCCAAGAGGCCAGGCCCCUCGACUCCUGGUCCUUACACCGCGUAGCUUUCUUACACCUAAGCCAAAGCCAGCUUUUCUCUGCAUGUUCCUUAAAGAUCCCAAGAGUUGAUGGAUGUACUAAUCCCUUUAGGAUCCCAGCUCACAGUCUCACAGUCUCCACAACUAGAAUGUCCGUCAUAAGUCCCCAUGAAGUCCACUGCGGUUUCAAACUCAUGGAAUUCUUUCUCGAAUGUUGGCCCAAGGCUGUGAGGCCAUAACGGAGACAGGAGUAGAAUGGCCCUGCAGGUCUUUUCACUAGACUCUUGAUAGAUAUUUGACACAAAUUACUAAACGGGGUAAUCAAUAAUACCAUUUAUCAUUUAGAAAAGGGGAAAAGAAUUUCCAGAUUCAUGCCCCAAAUUUGCAGGAAUGAAAUUAAAUCUCGAUUAGAGUAUCCUGUCUCUUGAUUGUCACCAAAGUAAAACCCCAAUCUGGUCGCUUCUCUGAACUCAAGGCUACUACUGAUCCCUCCCUCCUUGCGCGCACUGCAAGGAGACUGUGUGGGAGGUUAACUCCACCUUUCUCGUGCAAGGAGCUUCAUCCUGGCGUUGGAGACUCACAGGCCAGACCUUCUGUAUCACAUGUAUCUGAGCUGGCACCAGUUGGUCCUCUCGAAAGAUUUAACAAUGCCUUGAUUAACUUUAGGUCUUUUUCCCUUCCAAAUUCAUGUGUAUUGAGUAGGGUCGGGGAGAGGGGUAAACCCUUAGUGUUUCUAUGAACCAGAAUCAGGCAGGUCAGAGGUAGAGUCUGGCAGUCAAAUGACAUUUGUCUCAAUCCAUUACAUUUAAGCAAACUUCUGUGUCUAGUCUUAACAAAAUUGGAUACAGAUUUUAUGGUGAGAAAACAUUUUCUUAAUUUCCUUGUCCUUGACCCUGUCAGUGAGCAUUUUCGAGCAGCUCCCAGGAACCAGCACCGUGGUAGGUUCUAGUGAACAAACGCCCACCCCCAGACAGCGAUGGCCAGUGAGACAGGCAGAAGCCAGAGCGCUCUGAUACUGACAAAAAACAUCCAGGAUUUGGGAACAACUUGUGGUGGCGGAAGGUGAAGUCAUAACAGUGCUUUCUGAAAUUUCAUAAAGAGGCUUCUGAACUUGAAAUAGAGGAGUACAGAGCUCAUCUGGGCUUAGCAAUCUUUGUUGUAAAGUGGCAUUCUUUUACAUAUUAUAAAAAUUAAUAAAGAAAAGUAUAAGGAAGAAAAUGUAAAUUAAUUUUACCACCCAGAGACAAUCAUUAAAAUCAUUGGGGUUUUCUUUCCCCAGACUUUUCUCUAUAUUUAUUUGAUUUAUCCAACAGAGAUCAAAUACAUAAAAUUUUGUUUUCCUGAGUUGUUUUUUUUUAACCUAACAAGCAUUUUCC